UGCAGGUCAAAGUCAAAACCCCAGGCAAUAAAUUAGAAAACCAAAACUGAAAAUCCAACCCAAAAGCCAAAAGCCCAUAGGAGAGGCACCUAUGGUGGAUUUCAAACCGAGGGAAUUUGUUGAAUAGACUCUCUUUAAAAGAAAUAAAAAAGAAAGAAAGAAAGAAAGAAAGAGAGAAACUAGAACCAGAAACAGCUUCAUAUAAUCUCUGCCUCCCUCUCCGUCUCUCUAGAUCUACCCCUUUAUACGUUCUGACAACUUCUUUUUUUUUCUUCUGUCAGAACAUUCCAAAUCUACCUUAUUGAUGAUCAGAUAAAUGGGUUCUUUUCAGCCAAGGUUAUAAUUCAUAAGUUAUACACAAAGGGGUAGAAUAUUUCUCAAAGCAUAGAUUCAAGAUUAAUGGUGUCUGCAUUCAUCAAUGAGUAUCUGAUUUCCAGUACAUGUAACUUACUUUUCGAAAUUGAGGAGAAAUUAGAGCAGAAACUAGGGUUCAACGUUGUUCUUGAUAAUAGUUUGAUGAAUAAUUUGAUUGCUGGGUCAUUUGGGUGAGAAUGUGUGAGGGAUGGUGUCAACUUCAUUGAUGAAGAUUGUGUCACCCUGUUGGAAACCUUCUGUUGAGGGUGAAAACUCCAGUAAUCGCGGUGACGUGAGUGGUCGGGUUGAUGGUUUGUUGUGGUACAAGGAUUCAGGACAGCAUGUGAAUGGAGAAUUUUCAAUGGCAGUAAUUCAAGCAAACCAUAUUUUGGAAGACCAGAGCCAACUUGAAUCAGGGUCAAUGAGUUCGCUUGAAUCAGGUCCUCAUGGAACAUUUGUUGGAGUUUAUGAUGGACAUGGAGGCCCUGAAGCUGCCCGUUUUAUAAAUGAUCACCUAUUUAACAAUAUCAAGACUAUUCGUGCUGCAGAGUUCACAUCAGAGAAUCAAGGAAUGUCAGCAGAUGUCAUCAACAAAGCAUUCUUGGCAACUGAGGAGGAAUUCCUCUCUCUAGUAAAGAAGCAGUGGCUAAGUAGGCCACAAAUUGCUUCUGUUGGUUCAUGUUGUCUGGUAGGCAUAAUAUGCGCCGGACUGCUUUACAUUGCAAAUGCAGGAGAUUCUCGGGUGGUAUUGGGAAGACAGGAGAAGGCCGUUAAAGUGGCUAAAGCUGUUCAGUUAUCGUCUGAGCACAAUGCAAGUGUGGAAUCUGUGAGGGAGGAAUUGCAUUCGCUGCAUCCCGAUGAUCCCCAGAUUGUGGUUUUAAAGCACAAGGUUUGGCGUGUGAAGGGUCUGAUACAGGUUUCAAGAUCCAUUGGCGAUGCCUAUUUGAAGAAGGCAGAGUUCAAUAGAGAGCCUUUAUUGUCGAAGUUUAGACUGCCAGAAACCUUCCACAAGCCAAUUCUUAAAGCUGAGCCUGCAAUAUCAGUGCAGAAACUCUACCCUGAAGAUCAGUUUCUUAUAUUUGCAUCAGAUGGCCUAUGGGAGCACCUAAGCAAUCAGGAGGCAGUUGACAUCGUCCAGAGCUGUCCACGUAAUGGCAUUGCAAGGAAACUUGUCAAAGCUGCACUUUGUGAAGCAGCAAAGAAAAGAGAAAUGAGAUACUCAGACUUGAAGAAGAUUGAUCGAGGGGUGAGGAGACAUUUUCAUGAUGACAUUACAGUUAUAGUUUUGUUUCUUGAUUCCCAUCUGAUCAGUCGCAGCUCCUGGCAUGGACCACUACUUUCAAUCAGAGGAGGUGGCGGUAUUUUUGCCAACACCUAGUUUGAGAGGUUAUGAAUAUCUAUCCUUGAACCCUAUUUUCUUCAAUUGUAUGGAGAAACAUUCUUUUUAUUUUACCCUUCAAAGAGAGAAGUUACAGAAAAUUAUUUUUUAUUUUUUUAUUUUUAUUUU